ACACUCGCAGGCAGCUACCGCCACGAUCAGCUGUGACAGUUUCAUGCCAAGUGCUCUGCACGGCACUUCGAAGAAUUUAGCCAGAUUUUCGAAUGAUCUUUCUUCAACAACAUUUCGGUCGUUUGGGCAUUUCAUUCGUUUUGGGCCAGACGUAGCGGACACACACAAGCGAAACAAGACGGGCGUGUGUAUUUAUAAAAUAGAAAAUUUUCAAGGCGUACGCACGCGAGUGUCAAUGGCAGACCUUUGACAAAAUUAGAUACUUGCAUUUACUGUUAAACAAAAUAUUCUACAACAACAAACACACGCAAUGCUGCAGUAUUUAUAAAACUGGAAAAUUGUCCGUGAACGACAACAACAGCCAAACACCAAACAAAGAACAACUACAAUAACAAAAACAAUAAUAAUAAAAACAAAAACAACUCCGUUAUUGUCACCAAAAACAUUAACAACUGUGAACGAAUGAAAUCGCACGGAUAAUCAUAGGUUACUCAUACGCCACGUCACACCAUUUUUUUUUUUUAAUACUACAACAACAACGUAUUUACACAAACACUCAUACAACAACUACUUGGCAUAAUUAAAAAAAUAUAUUAAACCAACAACCACAAAGCACUCAAAAUGAAUUUAAUGUUUCGCAAGCAUUUUCGCGAAGGUGGAGGUGGAAAGUCUGGUGGCGGCGGCAGUAAGCUGCAACCGAAGGCGAAUCGCACGAAACGCUCACGCGACAUGGGCGCCCAACAGGAGGAGAUCCAUUAUCGGACGCAUUUGUUCUUUGCACCCAGUCGCCCGGGCAUGGAUGUGGGGGAAGAACUCAUUGCAGAAAGGUGCACUGCCUUAUCGGGUGCGUGCACACAGUUAUCGACCACCACAACAUCACUUUCACUUCCACCUCAGCAAUAUGAAGUGGAUGCGCCGCAGCCGCUUGUCGAUCGCAAGCCGUCCAUAUCUCUAUUAAGAUGGAAUAAUAGUGUUAGAAUACGGAAUGGUCAGGUUGCUACGGUACUAUCGAAUGCAGCAGCAACAACAACGGCGCGUUUUCAAGCUGCCAGGCAAGUGGGUUAUGAUAAUGCGGCCGGCACAUCGGCUGCAGUGCGCUCCGAACCGAUUUCGCUGUCAGCGCUGGAUCGCGAUUGCUUCAUUAUACCAGUACAUAGCGUCGAUCGUUUUCUGCCAGCUGGUAUACCACUCCCCGCCCCCUCAGCUGAUGGUAAAACUAAUAGUCCACUCAGCAUACUCGAGGUCUCCGAUCCUAAGUUAUGUAUACUUGUACACUUGAUGAGCCCUUUGGAACCGAUUGAUCCCAUGUUGGAGUCACCACUAUCGCAUCCAUUGUUGAAACAACGCGCCGUUGCAUCGGAGCUCGUCUCGGAGGUGCAGCAAGCGAAUACGGCGGUGGGUGGCAUGCUGCUGGCUAAUAUGGAGAAGAAUGCGGACUUCCCAUUCAUAUCGUACUAUUUAAUUAACACCACACAAACGGAUCCAUCGCACUUUUACUCGGGUAUACGCGUCUCAUCACUAUCGAAAUUCGAGCCGAAAUCACUAAAAUAUACUGCCGCUCACACCUUGGACUUAUACAGCGAAGUGGCUGCCAUUUGCCGUCCGCCAUUGGUGUUGGCACCCAACGAGAGUGGUAGCUUCAAGAAGACACAAACGCCAGCAACAGGCUACAUAAUCAGUGUGUUUAAGGUGUUUGAAGGCGAUGAUGGUGAACGGUUUGAGAAGAACUGGUUGUAUUGGACGGGAGCGCGUAUGCUAUAUCGUUAUUUACCACGCGCCGCUGGCCUACGUCGUAUAGCGCUGCAUAAGAGCACCUCACAACGUGGUGAUAAAAUGUAUUUGUUGGUGUGCGAGUGUGCUGACUUGCUCAAGGAUAUCUCUUCUGCUGCCUUUUUGAUACCCGCAUUGCGAGCGCGCCUCUGCGGCUACACGGGACUCUACAAGCCAAUACAAGUGUUCUAAGGUUAGGAGAAAUCAAGUAAUAAUAAAAAAAUUUAAAAUAAUAAAAACAAAAAAGCACAAUAAAAAUGAAAUUCAAACAGAAAGCAACAGAUGUAUACUGUUCUGCAAUACAUACAUACACACGUGUGAUAAAUUUAUAUUAAGUUUAAAGACUACGUUCGUAGAAAAUAAAAGAGAAAUGAAAAAAAUUUAAAAAACUGUUGCAUUAAAUUGAGAAUUGUUAAUUAUUUAUAGAAUACAGAUUUAAUUAGGAGAUUGUGUGAAAAAAAAAUGCUUAACAGUUAUUGAAUUAUCAAAGUAUGGCAAGCUCAAAAUAUUAGUAUUUAGCAAAAUUGUGGAAAAGUGCAAAAAAAAAAAAAAAAAAAAUUAAUAAAAUAAAAAAAUUAAUUAAUUUACUUAAUAAUUUAGCUCAACAACCGUAAGCAAAUAACGUUUUUGAACAAUCAGCUUUUAGAAUGAAAUGAUAUGGCAAUAAUGGCGGUACAAUUUUUGCAUAUGAUUGAAUAUUGGCAGGAAAAUACAAUAAACAAACAUGUGUAUAUAAAUAAUUACACAUAUGUUUUUUAAUUAAUUACCUCUUAAAAAAAAAUAUAUAAAAAUUAAAUAUUAGCCAAAUGAAGCAUUAAAAUACAUAUUCAUUAUGCAUGAAUUCUUGCAUACAUUUGUAUGACUUUUUAUAACUGCUUGAACAAACCGAAUUGUAUAUGAAUGCCUUUAGAAAUACAAUCUAUUAGUAAAGCUUUAGUUACAAUUUCAAUCAAAUUUUUCAUCACACAAAUCAUGCGUACAUAAACAAAUGCAAUUAUCAAUAACACUGUCCAACAGCAUUUUUGGAAAAGAAUAGCGGCCCUAUAAUUCUGAAAGGGUAUGUUGAGUAGAUCAUUUUUGUAGAACAAACUUAUGGUCCAGCACGUCUGAGUUUUUUUUUACAGUGGGUCAAAGUUUAAAUUUUUUGGUCGAAGGGAGCAUUAUACUAUAUGAAAAAAAUGUUGUAAGUUAAUGCCUGAGAGAAUUCUUAUGGUUAGAGUUGUAUUGUGGAAUUGUAUGAGGAUUGUUUUUGUGGAAGAUCUUAACCCUCUAACUGGUUUCUUUAUGGGUCAAUUUGACCCUUUUUUCGAGAAAAUCAAAAAAUAUCCUUUAAAAAAGGAUAUUUAAGGAUUAAAAUAUUCUACGAAAAUGUUUGGCGGAAAAUUUCAGUGGGGGUCACCAAAGACACCAUUGUUGUAAAUAAAGCUCUUUACGAUUGAUAAAAAAAAUUAUAAUUUUGUUUUAAUAGUGGUUUAUUAUAGUAUGUACAUAUUUAUUUUUUUGCUUCAGCAGUAGUAGGACAAUGGAUUAAAGAUUAAACUUAAUAUGCUUUCCUGUAUUUAGCUUGACGUGAAUGUUCCGAUGUGUCAAGGUUUCUGUACAAGCCCCAUACGUAUUCAGCAAACAUUACAGUUUGGGAUUUCCCUUUGAAUCUUUCUUCCAAUACCUUUAUAUCCUGAUGAAACCUUUCACCGGUUUCAUCUGAAACCGCUCCAAGGUUUUCUUUAAAAAAAUUGAGAUGAGAGUGUAGAAAAUGCAGCUUCAGUGACAUCUUAACGCCAAUAUUGUUAAAACCGAUUAGCAUGCUUUCAAUAUUUUCUGCAUAGUUUUGUGCUUUUGAGUUUCCCAGGAAUUCUGAUAUAACCAGCUGCAUAAAGUCAAAUUCUGUCUUUUGCAUAUCCGACAGAUGACCAUAAAAUUCUUCAUCUUGUAAUAAUUUUCUUAUAUCGGGUCCAACGAGCAUUCCUAGAAAAGGUAGUUUACAUUAAAUGAAAUAAAUUAUUUCUUUAAACCGUAUUUUACCUUCUUUUAAUUUUGCUGCAGAUAAUCUGGGGAAAAUUGUUUGAAUGCGUUUGAAAGCAUAUCCUUGUGUAUUUAAGCUUUUAAUAAAAUUUUUCACCACGCCCAACUUAAUAUGCAGCGGUGGAAGUAUGACCUUUUCUUUUGGGACAAGAGAUUCAUGGAUUACAUUUAAGUCACCAAUAAAGUAGCACGUGAAUCCCAUUUACAAAGAAAGCACUUAUAUUUUGUGUAUCCUGUUUGCAUUCCAGUCAAUAUUGCAAUCAUUUUGAAGUCUGCGCGGAAGAGUCCAGUGGAAGCUUUAGAUAUUUUAGAACCUCUUCAAUACUGCACAGUAUACAAGUUCUUCUGAUUUUUUAAAAUAACUUUCCAAAUCGGCGUGUCUUUUGCUUGGCGAUGUAACUUUUACAUCGGCUUUUAUCAAAUUCCUGUUUUUCAAUCUGGAACAUAAUAUUUCAGCUUUCUCUUUUGUUAGUCCUAAAUCUCUUACAAGAUCUUCAAAAUAAGCUUGGUCUAUCAAAUUAGGACAUAUGUAUGUUUAAACCACCAGGAGGCAAGUAACUUAUAUCUGAUAUGUUUUCAACCGCCGCUGUUAUUUCUGUAUUGGCGUUUGUCAUACCGGAACACCUUCACAGCGCACUUCUGGUAAAAUGACAUUAUUUGUUGCUUCGUAUGUCAUCAUCGCGUAGUGCCUUUGGCUUCUACUAAAUUUGUAAUUUACGCAGAAAUAGCAUGUAUCUGAUUUGUGAUUUUCAGGUUCAAUCCAUUCAAUAGGCGCAGAAAAUGGCAGCGCCUUAGUACCG